AUGUAUCUAAAUAUAGUAUCUCUCUUCUUGUGCCUCUGUAGUGUGGCGACAGCAGCAGCAGCAGCAGGGGCGAAACCAAUAGAAGCAAGCAGCCUCAGUAGCAAUCAUCAUCACAGCAGCAGCUUUGGCAUGCCGCCGUUGAACAGCCGCGCGACGCGGCAACUGGUGAAGCGGCGUAAUGUGAUCCCGGGUCCCCGCUCGCUGCACCGCGGCAUUCACUUCCACGAGAAUGAGUCGUUCGUGACGUCGUACAAGCAGAACACGAAGGCAAAGCGGAAUGACCACCGCGAGCUGCUCGUGCACCACCAGAAGAUCAACGAAGAGCUGCAGGACGUCUACGCACGCACUGCCGCCCUGCACGGCGAGAACGCCACGAUGGAGGAGCGCAUCGAGGAGUCGUGGCUGCGGUUUGAGCGCAUCGGCGGAAAGCGGCCGCCGGGCGCCACGCCAGCCGCAA